GCAGGAUGUGGAGGCGCCGGCGUUCCGCGGGGCUGCUGUGCUCGGCGCUGCAGCUGGCGCUACUGCAGGUGUACUCACUGCCAUAUACUCCCCAACACCAGGAAAAGUGCCAACAUCCAAAAAUGGAGUACUAUAACGAAACCAUCAAUAAAUGUUGCAGCUUGUGUCGUCCAGGUUACCGGGUGCUUCAGAGGUGCAGCGCGAGUGUUGACACCAUGUGCACACCGUGUGAAGAUGGGAUGCAUACUGACAUCUGGAGUAGAGCUGUGCGCUGUUUUAGCUGCAACCCAGAAUGCACUGGAGACCUUGUGGAAGUGAAGCAGUGCAAUCGGACACAGAAUCGAGAAUGCUGGUGUCAGCCUCACCAAUUCUGUGCUUCAGAGCACUCCGGUGAAUGCCUCCAAUGUCAAGCAUACAAGCAAUGCAAAAAGGGCUACGGAGUUAAGGAAUCGGGCACAAGAAGCAGCGAUGUGCAAUGUGCUCCUUGCACUCGGGGCACGUUUUCGGAUGUGGAAUCCCACAGCGCCACCUGCAGGCCCCAUAGGAUCUGUAAAUCGGAACUUCUCCCCGGAAACAGCACCAGCGAUGCCAUUUGUAGUGAUAGCAGUGGGUCUUCUGGCAUCAUUGCGACUUCUCCACGCAUCACAAUAACCGGAAAGGGGCCGUUGCCCCCACAGCAUGAGGUCACUACGAUUCCAAUGCUGAACAGCAAACAAGACCUUUCAACAGACGUUUCCUCCAUUGCUGGUUGGGUGGCUGGAGUGAUGCUCGCUAUCCUUAUACUGAUAGGAGGGACUUUUUUCUCCUUCGCAUUAAGGAAGAAAGGCCAACAUUGUGCUCCACUGUGUGGCAAUGAAAAACAGUCAUUCUCCGGGAACAUGAAGGUAUCUGGCAGCUGGCCCCAGGCCUCAAGCACCCUGAAACAAGAGGAGCAGAAUCUCUUGCAGGUCUCUACCUCAAGUGGCUCUUUAGACAGCCCACCCGGGUCUAACAAAAGCAGUGGAAUCAGUAAUGUGAGCACGUUAACAAUUGAAGCAGAAAAGGCUCCGGAAAGAUCUUCUCCAUCAAGUACCUGCAUGCACCACAAUGGCGCGAAGUCAAAGCAAUCUAGCAAUGGAGGAACACAUGUGAAUGUUAGCUGUAUUGUCAGCGUCUGUAAUUCAGACCACAGUUUGCAGUUCCAGUCCCUGAAUGGUUCGGUCGUGGCUGAUUCCAGAGAUUGUGCUUUGGCCGCAGAAGACCUCCCCUUGUCAAAGGAAGAAAGUCCCUUAAAAAGAGAGCCUGGAAGACAAAUCGCAGUAGAAGUUGAGGACAAUACAGACAUCUUUGAUCACGAGGGAAAGCCACUUCCACUCAGCAUACAAGAUGUAGGCAUGAAGACUACGUGAGGAUGCGGGCUGUGCCGGAAGCUCAUCAUAGAUCAUAAAGAAGCAGCUCGAUGGCUUUUCUGCAAAGCUGCUUUUGUUCUUAAAACACUUUAAAAGUUGUUCUUCAAAAAGUGAUGCAAGCCAUUUGAAGUGGCUAGAGAAACUCAGGUGCUUCUAGCAAUAUGCAAAAGACUUGGACAGGAACUAGGGUUGUGAAAAUGUUUUUAAUUCUUGUAUUUGUGGGUGACCAAAUGAAAUAGGAUGACAGUGAAGGUUCUCGGUGCUACACGAUUGCCCCAAAACAGCAACUGCAGUGAUCUGGACCCUGCCCGACUCGUAAGGCAGACACCUCCAAAGCAUAUCCUGUAGCUCAGGGAUAGGGCAUGCGCUUUGUAUGCUGAAGGUUCCAUAUUCAGCCUCUGGCAUCUCAAGGCAGGGCUGGGAAAGACCCCUAUGUGAAAUCCUGGACAGCUACUACCAGUCAGUGUGGGCAGUUCUGAGCUGUGGUCUGACUUGGCAUAAGGCGUCUGUCUUCCUACGAUCUACUUAGCAGCUCGAAAACAGAAGGGGGGAUUUUCAGUCAUUCCACAAAGGCCCAAGAUAUGGAACCCUGAAAUCUUCUUUUCAAAAUAAUUGUGCAUAAUCCAAAGGAAUAAUAUAUAUUUUUCUAAACUCUUUUUUUAAAAAAGUUUUAUUGAAUGUGCACUUCCCCCACCCCCAUGUUUUGCUGUAAUUUUAGCUAUAAUUCUUCAUUCCUAUUAUGUAUUGUUAUUGAUAAUGAAAAAUCUUCCCUGAAAUGGAGGGGAAACCCCAGUUAUGUAGAAAAGGGAAUUUUGGUAUGGAGGUCAUGGGUACUUCUAGAUGAAGAUUAUUAAGGGAAAGGGCUCCAGACAACAUCAUCGUCAAUUUGUUCCCACUGCCUCUCCUGUCUUUUUUGCUUACCAAAGAAAAUCCAGUAAGGACAGAAAGACAGGACAGCUGCACGAUGUCUUCUGAUCCAUUGUGCUAGGAGCCCUCUGUUUGGAAGCACUCCACGUUUGUCACGUAGGCGCGAAAGAAGCAGCUUCAUGUGCCGUACUUCCCUGGUCUACCCAACUCCUUAACAGAUAGUUAUUCUCCUGCCUUUUGUUGCAUUUACUCGCAGAGAUGUUUGGAACAAAACUGUACAGAAUUUUGUCUUGUCCUUUGAAAUGUACUCUAGCUUCUCUCUGGAAAUAUGCGAUCCCCUUUCAACUUUGCCUUCAUUUUGAGUGACCUUGAGCAGCUGAUAAAUAACGAAAUCUUUGUUUUCAGGUAGUAAGUGGAGAUUGCAGGUGCUGACAGCUGCCAUCGAGUGGAAAUAAGGUUCUCAUAACAUUACCAUUUUUUUCAUAAUUUUUCUCUUUUUUUUUAAACCUCAGAUUUUACCAGGGCCAUCGCUCAGGGUGCACAAUCUUGCCAAAUUACUCCAAAUCAAGCAGUUGAAUCAGAGUGUACAGCAUAUCUAUUUGCCUUCUGUUAUGUGUAAAUAAAUCUAAUCACAUUUC